AUGGCGGAAUUGUUAGCGGUACCGUUGAAAAAAUCUUCUGAUGUUGAUAUUGUGAAACCGUUUAAAAACUUAAUACAAACGACGUACAACAAUAGUACAGGCAACGAUGAGAUAAUGGAGGCGAUCGGAGAACUGAGUCGCAUGCGAGUGAAUGCUAUAUGGAAAGUUUUCGAGAAAAAUUCACUCGAUGGUCUCUACAGCUAUUAUGACCAGCUCGCUUCCCUGGAGAGCAAGAUUCCACCGCAAGAAGUACAGAUUCCUUUUAAAUGGAAAGAUGCGUUCGACAAGGGUUCAAUAUUUGGCGGACGAAUGAGCCUCAGUGAGUGA